AGAAGCCUUUGUGAAAUCCUUUCUCCAACGAUUGAGUUCUCUAAUAUUGCAAGAGAAUGAAGCUUCUCCAGGUCUGCAAGAUCAAAUAAAAAAGCUGCAGAACAGACUUGAAGAGAUUGGAAGCUUUCCUGGGGAAGGAUGUGGCAGCAAACAUGAAGAUGGUUUGGUUUGCAAUUGGGAGAGCGAUUUGAUAGAAACAAUACAAAAUGCAGACAUUUGUACCGAUCAAUAUGUCACCACGAUUAGAAGUCAAGAUGUGUCUGAUCAGGAAGUCUCAAUUGUGCAGUUUUGCUGUGAAUUAGAGAAGAUCGAUGAACAUCUUGCCUGAAUAUUUUCAGGCCAAAGGUCUCAACUCAACAUGCCACCCUCAUUGGAAGAGAAACAGAAAAGAAAAGUUCUUCUGGUGAGGAAUCUCUUGAUCCCUUUGUAUUGAAUUAUAGAAACUUGACUUCUUAUCUCAGAUACUGCUUAUUCUACUGUUCUCUUUACCCUGAGAUAAGUAGAGGAAAGUUGGUUAGGCUAUUGGUGGCUGAAGGUAUGUUGCAAAAAAAAGCAGGGGAAGUCAUGGAGGAUAUAGCUGAAGAAAAUAUCAAUGAACUGGUAGACCAUGGAAUGCUUCAAGUUCAUAUCGGCUUUGAGUAUGAACUCAAAGUUGUUGACCCUUAUCAAAGAAUCUUUCAACUUAAGCUGCAUCAAGGAGAAAAUCUGAAUUUGGCUUCAGAUUCUAAUUUUCCUCAGGGUUUACACAUUGUUUGGAUCCACUAUCACGGUGAGAUUGUCACAACAAGCUUGAAUGAUCAACCAAUUCGAUCAUUAAUUGUCAUUCCAGCCAAGGGAAUUUAUUCUAAAGGAUUAGUUCCACAUGAGUAUUGGUAUAAUGGAAUUCGUGAUGACCACUGGGCCUCCAUUAGAAGUGCCUUGUAUACCUUAAAGUUUUUGAGGGUUUUGGACUUGGAGGCUCUUAAAAUCAAGAGCUUACCAGAAGAAAUAGGAGAUCUUAUAUAGUUGAGGUACCUAGGCUUAGGAAGUUCAGCACUGGAUGAAAUUCCAGAGAGCAUAGGAAAUCUUCAAAACACACAAACUUUGGAUAUUAGAUGGCUUGGAAUGCUGAGGGUAUUGCCAAGUAGUGUUCUGAAUCUUCUCUAGUUGAGGCACCUUUUGUUGCCAAAGAAUGAAAUAAAAGUCUCCACAGGUAUAGGCAUAUUAACAAACCUCCAGAGUUAACUGCUUAAUUCCUAAGACCUGGCAUCAUCGAAGAGUUCACUAGUUUGACUCAACUCAGAGAACUGGAAUUGAAUGAUGUAUCCCAAGAACAUGCCAGUGAGCACUCUGCUUGUAUUAUGAAUAUGAGAGGACUCCUCUGUCUGACUAUAUUUGGUGAAGAUGACAAAAUGUUGCCCACAUUGAACCCGUUUUCGCCCCCACUGUUUAUGACAGAACUCUGCUUAUGCGGGCGUCUAGUUGAUCUUCCUGAUUGGAUCGGUUCCAUGGUGAGCCUCACUAAGUUAAAAUUAGGCAAUUCCUUUCUACCUGAGGAAGCAAUUUCUGUACUUCAGUUUCUUCCUAACUUAAACCAUCUAAAUUUGAUUAAUGCCUGCGACACCAAACAAAUAGGCAAGGAGUUUCGUCUGGUGGGUGGAUUUCCAAAGCUAGAGGCACUCAUAAUCACUUCAAAAAAUCUAUUUGAAUGGACUGAGAUCAAAAAGGAGGCAUUGCCAAGCUUAGCAUACCUUAACUUCCAUAAUUGUUCAAGAUUGAUGAGUCUUCCAGAAGGCUUGCAAUAUGUUACCACGCUAAAAGUAUUGCAGAUGCUUCCAUUGCACCCAGAUCUUGAACAGAAGUUGAAACCUGGUGGAGGCAAAGAAAAUAACAAGAUCAAACACAUCCCCCAAAAGCAUUUUUUCUCUCCAUCCGCAUUAACAUGGGUCACAUUGGAGUAAUAUGAGCUACUUCCGACAUCUACAAAUGGAUUCGUAUCUUAAACUAUGGCAGCCAAGCUUGGAAUGCCUCCAUUUCCAUUGUUCAUGAUGGAUGACACUUCCCAAAGGAUUAUAAUAUACCAAACUGUUUCAAUCAACGAAUUACUCUCUGAACCUUUAUCAUGAAAAGAGGUCUAAUUUGGCUGAAGCAAAGAGAAUUAUAAGACCAAACACAAGCCGUUUGUGAACUUCUUCAUAUCACUAUAUCUCGCAUGGCAUAGGUACCUAAUGGAUUAUUUUGUUAAAUAGAUUUCGGUACAUUUCUAUUCAAUGAGGGAUUUUCUUAUUGACACCCUUAUAGGUCAAUUAAUUUGUAACCUUAUUUUUCUGUCUUCUUAAUAACACAUUUC